AUGUGGGGGGCAGAGGCUGUGUGCAAGGCAUGGCGGUGUGUCACGGUCAAGGAGCCUGAGCCAGAAUGGUCAUCCAUUGAAAUUGCUGUGAUUGAUGCUUUGGACCGCAGUGCAGGGCUGUGUGAAGCAUUCUCAGGGCCUUGGGACGAUGAGUCGCUGCUCUAUCUGGCUGAAAGGUUUAUCUAUAGAACCAUCUUCUUUUUAUCUAAUGUUGUCGUAUAA